CAUCGCAGAACCCAGUUACACAAGGUUCAGGUACCACCAACUUAAAUUUCAGGAGAUCAAAGGACCCUUUGUUUGCAAGAUGAGCAGUAUGUUUCAAGAAAUCUUGGCCUUCAUCUUGACCGUCUCGGGGUGGGUCCUGGUGUGUUCCACCUUGCCAACAGAUUAUUGGCAGGUGUCUUCAAAUGAUGGAAGUGUAAUCACUACAUCAAACUUCUGGUCCAAUUUGUGGAAGGCCUGCGUUACUGACUCAACUGGACUCUCCAACUGCAGAGAUUUCCCCUCGAUGCUGGCGUUAGAGGGUUACAUCCAAGCUUGCAGGGGACUGAUGAUCGCAGCUGUUUGUUUGGGGUUUUUCGGCUCUAUUUUUGCCCUAAUUGGAAUGAAAUGCACCAAAAUUGGAGGAACGGACAAAAACAAAGCCAGGAUUGCUUGUUUUGCUGGAGUGAAUUUCAUUCUUUGUGGUCUCUGCUCAUUGUCGGCGUGUUCACUUUAUGCACAUCGCAUAACAACAGAGUUUUUUGACCCCAUGUUUUAUGACCAGAAGUAUGAGCUGGGAGCAGCGCUCUUCAUUGGAUGGGGAGGUUCUGUUCUCUGCAUCCUGGGAGGCGGCAUGUUUUGCUUCUCCAUCGCAGAUUCUUUUAGCAAAAGCCACAGUCGGGGGAACUACAAAUAUAAAGGUGCUGCCAGACAUUCUCACAUCUCCUCGUACCCAAGAGGACAGGCAGUGUCUGUAAACCACAGACCCCCUCCAGACAACAGCAACUCCUCCAGGGUGCAGCACUUUGAUAAGAAUGUGUAUGUUUGAAGGAUAUAAAUAUAAAAUGUUUCUUUUUAAAGCCACUGCUGAAGAUUAAUCUAUCUAUUAUUUCAAAAGCACUGCGUGAAAUAUUAAACUGUCUGGGUUUAUGACAAGAGCAGAGAAAACGUCAUAUAACUGUGCACUGUUUUGCUGCAGGUACAUUUCUAUUUUGUGUUACUCUUCACCACAAUUCUGAGGGAAAUUGAUACUCCUAAAUAUUUGUAUUUCUCUAAUAUUUGCAUGUUACUUUUUAACAGUAUUUUGUGAAUUACUAAAAAUCUUUGACUUUUUUUCUUAUCUUGGUUGUUGUGCUUUUGAAUGCUUUUAUUAAACAACUUUGAACUAAACAUGACAAUUUUGAUAUUAAAAGCAAUACACAAAUGUUUAAUUCUGUGUUUUAAUGAAUGUGGGAAACAGAUUUUUUUAU